AGAAGCCGGUUUUAUCGCCGGCUCGUAUUUACAUAUUCUAACACACAACGGAGGAGACAGGCAGACUGGUCAUCGUCCUCCUUUCACCAGCCCAGAGGCCGGAGCCACUCUCCCCCACCGCACCACCCACACAGUGACCCUCGGCCGGCCGGCUGCUUACAGCGUCAGAGAGAGAGGGUGGGAAAAGUCAAAUUCCUCUAAGAAAGAGCGAGUGAAUAAAGCCGCCAUUCCUCUCCUUCUUCCCCCUUUCUCUUUGACUUCGUCUCCUCCCUCUGUUGACUCUCCCUCCCUUCCCCUUCCUCUUUCCCUUCCCAUUCCCUCUUUUGUUGAUUGAUAUUACAUACAUACAUACCUAAAUUCAGCAGGCAGCAUUAAUCUCUGAAUUGUAGUAGCGUUAGACGUCGACCGCUUCGAGAAGGAAUCGGACAAUCUACUCCUCCUCCUCCGGCCAUGCCUCCAGCUCCGGCUUCUGAAGGCAGCACGGCGCUUGUGAGAGCUUAUAAAAUCUGGCAGGGCAGCAAUAUAUUUGUCCUUCAUGGAAGAUUAAUAUUCGGGCCAGAUGCAAGAUCUAUAUGGCUUACUCUGCUCAUGAUGGUUGCUCCUGUGGCUGUUUUCUGUGUCUUUGUUGCCGGAAAAUUGAUGAAUGAUUUUCCUCAUCGCUGGGGCAUAUCGAUUAUGGUUUUUGCCAUUGUCUUAUCAUUGGCCAAUCUGAUCUUUCUUCUAUUAACGUCGACAAGAGAUCCUGGUAUAGUGCCACGCAACAGUCGCCCUCCAGAAACAGAAGACCACCUAGAUGAUGAGAAUUCUCAAAGUGAAGCGGUGCAUAACUCACGGACGAGAUACAGACGCACUAAGGAAGUUUAUGUCAACGGAAUGCCCGUGCAAGUCAAAUAUUGCGAAACCUGCAUGCUCUAUAGACCUCCUCGCUGCUCUCACUGUUCCAUAUGUGACAAUUGCGUCGAGAGAUUUGACCAUCAUUGCCCUUGGGUUGGCCAGUGCAUUGGAGCGCGGAACUACCGGUUCUACUUCCUCUUCGUGCUAUCUGCAACUAUUCUAUGCAUAUACGUGUUUGCCUUUUGCUGGGUCUAUGUUGUGAGAAUAAUGCACGGGGAAGAAACCACGGUGUGGAAAGCAUUGAUUAAGACUCCCGCCUCAAUUGUGCUGAUAAUUUACAGUUUCUUAUUAGUAUGGUUUGUGGGAGGCUUGACCGUUUUCCAUUCAUGCCUCAUCAGUAGGAACCAGACAACGUAUGAGAACUUCAGGGCCCUCUAUGAGCGGCAAGCUAAUCCAUACAACAAAGGGGUGAUUGGAAACUUCAAGGAGGUCUUCCUCUCUUCAGUUCCUCCGUCAAAGAACAAUUUCCGGGCUAAGAUCCGAAAGGAGCCCGACUUCCCCUCUAGGAGGGUGAAUGGCAAUGGCAGUUAUAUCAUCAACGAUCUGAGCUCGGGGAAGACGACCAGUGACAUAGAAAUGGGGAUGAAGCCAUUGGCAUCAUCAUGGGAAGAGUUUGGGGGUGAACUGGGCAGAGAAGCUGAAGACGACCUCAGCAGCGGUCAUAUCAUAAAGGUGGUAAGUGCAUUGGGUGUGGCCGGUGAAUAUGGGGAGCAAAUGUGCGAUGCAAAUGUUGUCUCGGAGGAGCCUGAACGUGAAGCUUUCCCUCCCAAGGGAAGCCAAGGGGACUCUAGAUCUGAGACUCAGUAAUGCGAGACAGAUCCCAGUCUCACAUGGUAAAAGAACAGGAAGGAAUGUUUGAUUGUUUCGUACAUAUAUAUAUAUAUAUAUAUAUAUUUUAUCAUGAUAAAUACAUAUAGACACGAGUGUGGAUGGACAAAGAAACACAGCAAGAUGUACCAUUGGAUUUUGUACAGCUAGUGGUCGUUGAAAGGAGACAAAUAGAGAAGAGAAGAAAGAGUGCGUCGGGGACAAAUAUUGGAUUAUAAUGCGACUUCUCGCA